AUGGCUGAGCAAAGAACUACACAAGCGCGUGUAGUUGCACAACACGUAAACGAGGCCCGCGAGGAGGUCAGAGGUAAUACGGGCGAAUAUGACCCGGUCCAAUCGGCAGGCAGAGGUCGUGGACGAGGCAUAGACCAAGAGGAAGCUAGAGUAGGCCAAGUCAGGUAUGUGCAGGCACUAGGAGUGCCGCAACCACCCAAUGUCAAUGUUAAUCAAUUGGCAGCAGAGUUAAGCCCAAAGAAGUUUGACGCAUCAAGUGAUGCACUCGAUUUCCUAGAAGAAGUUGUGCAGAAUGCUCGUGGACUACAAGCAGACGAAAGACAAACAGUAAUGUUGACUGAGAUGUCAAUGAAAGGUCCAGCCAUGGAUUGGUUUCGACAAGUAAUCAGACCGAUAAUGGGUCAAAUAACAUGGGCAGAGUUUGUGAUCCAGUUUAAAGAAUUCUUCCUAUCAUUAUCUCGAGGUGAUGGAUCAGUUUACGAUUAUGUCGCCGAGUUUAAUCGACUCAGCAGAUUUUCUCCAGACUUAAUGAUAUAUAGGAUUGUGGAUAGUGCAAGACAAAUGGAACGUGCACUUAUCCAUUUGAAUGAAAUUCCUGAUCCUUCACGUCCAAACAAGACAAGAAGCGAAUGUUUGAAUUACGAACAUCGAAUGUCUAGACAAGUGAGAAAGGAAACUGAACGGCGACAUGGCCGGACCCAUAAGAAGGGCAGGCAAGGAAAAGCAGCCAAAAGGGCUAGAACCAUUAGUCUGAAGUCUAAGCAAGGAAGUUCCAGCUUUACAAAUCCUAUAUGUCCACAAUAUAGUAAAAGACACUUAGGUGUCUGUCAGGCUGCAAGGGAUGUAUGCUUUAAGUGUGGACAACAAGGACACUACGAGAGAGAAUGCCCACAUUUAGUGUAA